GACAUGCAGCGGACUGCAGCGAAACGUUCGACAAUACAAAAACAACUCAUCGACGCGUACAUAAAAUAUUUGAUUUAAUGUUUUGCGAGGUCGACGUGGAAUAUUCGCAAGUGAAAAGCGUGUAAAAAUGUAAAAUAAGUGAGAAAUCAGUAUUUGCAAUAGCGACACAGUGAUUGGACUUUCCAAAAAACAAAAAUACGAUGCGAAAUAAUUUGGAAACGUAUACGAAAUUGAUAAAAGUGUUCAAAAUUAUAUAAAACGUAUUUUAUUAUAUUCUUAAAGGCGUAGUAAAUGCACUGGUGUCUGUGUCAAGUAGAGUAAAUAUUUAAACUACAAGAGUAUUUACAUACACAUACAUAAAUGAUAAAGUUUUUUACAAAAUCAAAAAUGUAUACCUCAGAGCUAAUGGAACAUAUUGGUGAUUACCUAAGUAACAUCAUACACUUACAAGUAAUGGACAUGGCCAAAGGCCAAAACCAAGAAAGCGUUAAAUCCAUACUGGGCCGUCACACAAAAAUUCUGGUCAAGUAUAUGGUUAAAUUGGAGACGAAAGGUGACAAAACCGAAAACCGUGUUUUGGUUUUCACGCCAGUUCGUAUUUAUUUGCUAAUCGCAAAGGUGCCCACAAAGAUCGAAUGUCACUUUCACUACUUGGACAUACAGGCAGUGGAAAGCAAAAAGUCAACACACUUCUCAAUCAUCACAAAUGAUCGUCCGUACUCAUUUGCAACGAGCUUCGAUGCGGGGAGCUUCAGUGCGAACGCUGACGUUAUACUCACCGAUUUGGCAUCGGCAAUUAAGCACAUUUUCCCAACAGUUCCUCUCAAGUACAUCAUAAGAAAAAUCGAUAUUCAACCGCCCGAACGUGAGGUUGUUUUCUCCGAAGAGUUUCGUCCCACAGACCCACGCAGCGUUGGCCCAUGCGGUGGUUUCAGCACACAAUAUGCUUGCAUGUGUGAUUUCCAUGGCGUGCCCUACAGAGAGGAAGUCGCUUGGGAUAUCGAUACGAUUUAUUUAUCCCACGAUACACGCGUGCUGAAUUUACGUGAUUUUGAUCAUUUGGAACCAAAAGACUUAAUGGCCAUUGUGUCCGCAUUGGAGUAUAACACAUUUUUUCGCGGUCUAAAAGCAUCACAUAUGCGCCUCUCCAAUGAGACUUUGGAGCGCAUUCUACACGUGCUCAAGCGUUCAAUGUGGCUGGAGGAGCUGCAUUUGGAGGCGUUAGGUUUAAGAUCGGAUUUUCUGCAUAAAUUAGCUGUAUCUGUGAUUACAAACAACAAUCCCGCAAUACGUACGAUCGAUUUGAGUCAUAAUUUAAUUGAGGAUAAAGGUGCUAUCCACUUGGCAGGUCCCAUUGCCAAGGUUUCGAAAGGUCUUUGCAAGCUGGCGCUCGCCCAUUGCGGUCUAACAUCGAAGGGCGUGAAUCAGAUGUCACAUUCAUUGUCUCUGAAUCAAAGCAUUUCCAAUUCACUCACACAUUUAGAUUUAAGUGGCAAUAGUCUCAAGGACGACAUAACAAAUUUACAUAAUUUCCUUGCACAACCGAAUGUUUUGGAACAUUUAGAUCUCUCAUCGACUGAUAUAAUCUUGGAGAAUUUAUUUGGUGCCCUUUUACGCGGUUGUGCAACGCAUUUAGCUCACUUAAAUGUUUCACAUAAUUCUUUUAGCACAAAAAAAGGCAAAGAGAUACCGCCAUCGUUUAAGCAAUUCUUCACCAGCACAUUGAGUUUAAAACAUUUAAAUAUUGCCGGUUGUAAACUGCCAAUGGAAGCGCUCAAAAACUUACUGCUCGGUUUAGCCUGCAACGAGUCCACAGCUGGGCUGUAUUUAGAUUUAAGUAGCAAUACAUUAGGUGCCCAGGGCGCGCAUGUUUUGGAAUCAUGCAUACAUGGUGUACGAGUUUUACAAAGUUUAGAUAUAAGUGACAAUAAUUUGGAUGCCGAAUUAGCUCCCGUUUUAACAGCGAUUUCGAAAAAUCCCUCAAUACGUACACUUUACAUGACACGCAGCCUGACCGGCAUGAAAUUGAAACAUAUUCCCACCGUUAUGGACGCGCUCGUUAAUCUGAUACAAAAAGACGACUUCCCAUUGGCUGAGUUGGUGAUCUCUGAAAAUAAGUUGAAGAAUGAUAUACACGACUUCAUUAAUGCCCUUGGCAGUAAUCAAAGUUUGCAAAAACUAGACAUAAGCGGCAACUAUAUGGGUGACGUCGGUGCGCGCCUGCUCGCCAAAGCUCUGCAAAUCAACAACAAACUGCGCACAAUUUACAUGGACAAGAACAACAUAACACCGCAGGGUUACGGCGACAUCGUCUACGCUUUAGAAAACAAUCACAGCAUGCGCACCAUACAAUAUCCGGUUUUCGACAUUACACCACACAUGAAAAACCAUCCGGAGAAGACCGAUGCGAUUAUGCGCAAAAUGCAAGAGCUUCUACAACGCAACUGCAAUGGACUGAAGCGCGCCAACGGACAAGGAUUCCGAUUGCAACAUGGUUUCAUGCUCUCCUCCACACACCAACUGGUCGAUAAGCUCGUGGCCGAAACACAAGAUAACAUCUCAGUGGCUAAAGGUAGCGAUUCGUCGGCAGUGCAGCGGCUGAUCGAUGACGCCGAGAACUGCAAACAAUUAAUGCCAAAAUUACAGGAGGCUGUGCGUUGUGAAUCGCAUCCGGUGGAAAUAAAGCUUACACGCAUCGCCAGUGACCUCAGCUACACCAUACAGGGUUAUUUGGAGGAAACAUUGGAGACCAUGCUGCGCACUGCUGUCGAGCAGUGUCCCAAAACAUUGGGCAGUCAAAUGGUCGUGCAAGACUUGCGUAAAGCGCUGAGUGAGCGUCUACAAAUACCCGAAGAUUUUCUACAGAGUUGUUUGUUGAAUAAUGCCGGCAGUGAGAUCAUGAACAAAGUGGGUGAAAUCGAACAAUCAUUGGCGGCAUCCAUCUCUGACCGCGCCACGGACGAGGUGUUGGAGGCGCUCACACGCUAUCGGCGCGGGCUGGGCAUUGCCGAUUCACCAUCUGUGCUGCUCGAUGAGCCGCAAACACCUGAUAUUGUGCGCAGCCGUUCGAGUCAUGAUGCGGAUGGCCUGAUAAUACGCCCCGGACGUGGUUCCGUUCUACCCAAAAUGGGUCUGGAAUCGCCCACUGCUACCCCACACAUGCCCACCAAGCGUCGUUCGGUGGCGCGCAAAGUGCGUCCUCAGUCCGUCGUGGAGAACCUCAGCUUGGGGCAUAUACCCGACCUGUUGGAGUCACCCUCUUCGCAUCGCUCCUCGUCACAGCUAUCGCCACGCGAUUCGAAUGGCAUGGGCGCCAGCAUUGCCGGCACGACUACUGGGGGUAGUGGCAACGGGUUGGAUGAUUUAGGCGGUGACGAAUGCGGCGACUCAAUAACUGAACUUCCCAGCGCCUCAUUCCAAUUGCAACAUCUGGUUAAGGGACGACCGAAACGCGCCAAGACGCGCGCACCAACGCGGCCGUUGGUUGCGGUGGACAAUAGCGCCAGCCCGAGCACCAAAGAGAUAGGCGAGGGUUUGGAUUUAUUCUUUCGUCCCGGUUCGGUGACGCCCACCACGUUGACGCCGCUGAUUUCACCCACUUCCGAAGAGUGCAGCUCGCUAUCGUUUGUCGAUAGUCCAACAAUGAGUCGUGAUGGCAACGGUCAUCUGACAUCCGAAGAAACUACACCCAUAUUGGAGGAGCGCAGACCCAUUAAGCUGGAUCGGCAGUCACCAUUGCUCAAGGGUAAAUGCGUGCCAUGGACCACACGUUCGCGUUCGACAGACAAUUUGGAAAAAUAUUCGCCACUAAUUGGCCGUAAAUCGCCGCUGGUGAAAAUGCGUACURAAGGUGGCAGCGUUGCGGCGGGUGAUGAGCCCAAUUCAGCACUAAAAGCUCCAGAACGUGAGAAUAAGAUGCGUUCGCCAAGCAGUGAUUCGAUACGUAGCCACACCGGAGGCGAUGGCAUCAGCAUUAAGACCACUAACSGUAUUAUACGCACACCAAUAAUACUGCAGAAGCCACGUCCCUGGUCGGUAGUAGGAAAUGAACCCAAAGCGCCUGGUGCCAACGACUUCCAAAACAGUGACUCUAGUAAAACGACGCCGGAAAAGCUCGAUGAAGAUGCUGAAUCCAUAUCGUUUAGUCAGAGCAGCAACAAUGUCGGCAGUGUGCCAGGUCCCACAUUGGAGAAAAAAUCUGUAAGGGAGCUUGCAGCAGGCUUAAGUCGCUUGGAACUUCCAAUGAAGCCACAAGUGUUGCCGAGAACCCUGCUUACCGGCGCAUCGGCGAUAUCCAAGUCAUCGUCCACAUCGCACAUUACCAGCACGAAUAGCAAUAGUGCGAGCAGUCGAAGUAGUAGCACUACUACAACAACAACAAUGCUGCAAACGCAGCGCAUGAGAAUAACAAGUAAUAGCAGUAGCAGCAGCUCUACAACAACAACGACGAACACGGGCUCGUCAAACGUUACAAACGGCAAUGAGAAUCACGAAACAUUGCUCACUAAAACAGUUAUCACUGAAAACGGCAACGGAAGCAGCAGCAGCAGUUUCAUAACCAACGAAAUCAUUAACAUACGUAACGACACCAACAGCUGCAGCACCGCCACCACCCACAAUCGCGAUAGCACCAACACAAACGCAAGUGAAAACAGCAAUGUGGAUCGGUUGAGCACCGGCAGCAAUGCCUCCAGUUUGGGUAUACCCGUUGGUGGCUUUAAGCGAAUUGCGGGCAAAGAGAUUUCCGCCUUAUUUGAGGAGACAUUAGUUGAAGGCCUACAACGCUCUUCGACUCGACGAUUAUUUAGAGACACACAAUAUACAAAGGAAGAUGUUGUUGAUUUGUGAGACAUUUAAAAUAAAAUAAAUCAUUUUCAAAGUAAAAUACAGAACUGCAGCGUAGCAGAUGCAUCGACAACAGCGAUAUGUGGAA